AUGUUGCCUAAAAAUAAUGAGAUAAUUCCUGUCUUGAGUGAGGCGUAUAAUAAUUUUAAGCUUUUCUAUGAAUUAUAAACAUAAUCAGCUUAAUAAUUGUAUCAAUUAUGGAACAGAUAUGAAAUUUCUCAAUUAUAUUAUUCAAUUCUGAGUUAAUAAUUAGGAAUUUGAUUAAGAAUUUUAUACUUUUAUUAUAUAAUUUACUGAUAAUAUUUAUUAGGUAAUUCUUCUUAAAACAUAAGAAAUAUUGUAUCAGACAGAAUCAAACUGAGAGGGUCAAUCAAAAUAUAAGACUAAAUUCCAUACAUUAUUAAUAAAGUAAAAUCAUCUAUUAUAAUCAGAAUGUUAAUGUGAAGAUCUAAAGUUUGAUCUCGAAAUAUUUUACUCUAGAUUAAUUCACUAUGACAUGAAAAUCUGAUUAGUAUUAUAAAGAAAAAAGAAGAUAAGAACACAAAAAUUAAAUAAC